AUGACAAAAUCAAAGAGCCAGAAGGGCAAGUCGAAAUCGAAGCACCAGAAGACCAAGCAGCAGCAGAAGAUUGAAAACCAGAUCAACCUGAUAUGGAAGCAGUUUGGCUCAGAGACACGACGCUUACAGAUCGAGCCUGGGAAGGCAGACUGCCUGGUCCCAAUGCUCCAAGCAGCGCUUCAGCAACAGAAAGAGAUCCUAAACCCAACUCCCAUCGACGACCCUAUCUGGACCGCGAUCGGGGAUCUGACAUCUGACCAAAUUUGGGAGGCGUUUGGGAUUUCAGAGGAGCCACCUGCAUCUGAUAAUCGCGAGCCUUGGCCCCCUCGUAAUAUGUUUUCGAUUGAUACCAGCAGACUGGGGUAA